AUGAAAGACUCAAACAAUCGUUGCCGAAUCGUUGUACGCGAGAGAUUGAAUUCUCCAGGACCGAUUCCGAAUGUCGAAGAUAGUCCAGCGAAAUGCAUUUUCCUCUCAAAGUUGUGUAGGUCCUCUGCGUUCUCUCAAGAACUUGCCAAAGUCUUCGAACUUGUCACGGCAAACUCCACAAACAACGGCCCGUCUGGAAAGAAACAAAUAUUAGCAUGGUUCCUCUCCCAAGUACGGACGUACUUACGGGCUCAUGGAAUGCCACUUCUUUCUCUUUUCGUCUGCUACAAUAAAUCUGGCGAAUUUGCAACAAAUCGCUAUCUUCUUUUUGUCGUGUCCGAACUUCUUUGCCAUCCAAGUACUCAUGAUACCCUUUAUCUCCACCAAUUCAUUUCCCAUCAGUGGUAUUUGAAAUCUGAGCCAAAACUUCGGGGGGUCACAGGACUCCUUCUUAUCGUGGUCCUUAGCAUCAAUGCCCUUUUUAUCAUGAUAUUUGACCAGUUUCUCAAGGAAAAACGGGCCUGUGAGUGCGAGACGAACUGUGGAAGGCGCAUCGAGAAAACCAAAGAUGCGAACGAGGAUAUCAGAUUCCAGUGUUUCGAAAGAAGCCGGCAAACGGGUGAGGAUGUCGUCAAAUGCCGGAAAAUUGGUGGUGACAAUCCUAAGGGGAGCACCUGGAAGGACUUUAGUCAUUUUCUCGGCCCAUUUUGAGAUCAGAGGCUGGUCUAUGAUGAGGUUUGUGUGAGACAUUUUGAGAUUUCUGGAAUUUUGAUAAGAAAGUCUGGUAAGUUUGGGAAAUGGGAAAUGAUGGUUUCUUAGAGAUUAUACUCUGCGCCGACGCCUAGUUCUAUCGACCCUUUUUUCCCACGUCAUAAUCUUCGGUCAUCAUAUUAACUAGACUCGACCUAGAAGAUUUUUUAUCUGGAUGGACAAGCCGAUGGGUGCACCAAACCAGCUAGUCGGGAAUUUCAGACGCAUACUACACUUAUUCAAGUGAGCCCACUAGUAUCUCAUUCUAGUCGUAAUCGCAACAAGAUCUAAA